CAGGGAAGGGCGGAGGGGCAGUUGUCCGCUCAGAUCCUCCUUGCGCCCCCGGCAGGGCGUGGAGCGGGGCCGGCAGCGCCUGCAGCCGGGGUCCUGGGCGCGGACUGGCCGGAGCGCGGCUCGGAGCAGGGUCCCUUGUGCAGGCGGGUCCGCGGCCGGGAUCCUCUCCAGGCCCCCGAGCUGCCCCGGCUCCCCCACCCCCGAUGGAAAGUUUGGGGCGGGCUUGGGCCGAGGCCAAUGUUGUGGGAUCGGAUUUCCCCGCCGUGGCCCCCCGCCCGUUCCGCCGGGAGGCGGAGUGUCCUGGAGAGCCAGCUCCGAGCUCAGCCGGCCUGUCCCCGGCAGGACCGCUCGCCCAUCGGCUGCCGUUCGUGGUGGGCACGGGUGAGGGCCCCCGGGACCCCGCGCCCUGCACCCGCUCCAGGCCGCCCCGGUCUCCGUGUGGGGCACCCUGCGCGCCGCGGAGCCGCCAGGCCGGGCAGGGCGGCUGGCCUGGAGCUCUGAGCCAGGCGCGUGCCAUGGCCCCACACUGGGCUGGCUGGCUGCUGGCUGUGGGGCUGUGGGGCCUGGGCUUCGGGGCUGAGAUGUGGUGGAACCUGGUGCCCCGGAAGACGGUAUCUUCUGGGGAGCUGGCCCCAGUGGUGCGGCGCUUCUCCCAGACGGGCAUCCAGGACUUCCUGACGCUGACCCUGACCGAGCAGACCGGGCUGCUGUACGUGGGGGCCCGGGAGGCCCUGUUUGCCUUCAGCGUGGAGGCUCUGGAGCUGCAAGGAGUGAUCUCGUGGGCAGCUCCUGCGGAGAAGAAGACCGAGUGUGUCCAGAAAGGGAAGAAUAACCAGACGGAGUGUUUCAACUUCAUCCGCUUCCUACAGCCGUACAACGCGUCCCACCUGUACGUGUGCGGCACCUACGCCUUCCAGCCCAAGUGCGCCUACAUCGACACGGGCACCUUCACCUUGGAGCACGGCGCCUUUGAGGACGGGAAGGGGAAGUGCCCCUACGACCCCGCGAAGGGCCACACCGGCCUCCUUGUGGAUGGCGAGCUGUACUCGGCCACACUCAACAACUUCCUGGGCACCGAGCCCAUCAUCCUGCGUAACAUGGGGCCCCACCACCCCAUGAAGACAGAGUACCUGGCCUUCUGGCUCAACGAACCUCACUUUGUGGGCUCCGCCUACAUCCCGGAGAGUGAGGGCAGCGUGACCGGGGACGACGACAAGGUGUACUUCUUCUUCAGCGAGCGGGCGCUGGAGUACAACUGCUACACGGAGCAGGUGGUGGCCCGCGUGGCCCGCGUCUGCAAGGGCGACGUGGGCGGCGCGCGGACCCUGCAGAAGAAGUGGACCACCUUCCUGAAGGCGCACCUGGUGUGCUCGGCCCCCGGCCGCCACCUCUACCUCAGCCACCUGCAGGCGCUGCACACCCUGCGGGGCGCCUCCUGGCGCAACACCACCUUCUUCGCGGUUUUCCGGGCGCGAUGGGGGGACGUGGACCUGUCCGCCGUCUGCGAGUACCAGCUGGAGGACAUUCAGAGGGUGUUCGAGGGUCCCUACAAGGAGUACCACGAGCAAUCCCAGAAGUGGGGCCGCUACACGGACCCCGUGCCCACCCCGCGGCCGGGCUCGUGCAUCAACAACUGGCACCGCCACCACGGCUACACCAGCUCUCUGGAGCUGCCCGACAACACCCUCAACUUCGUCAAGAAGCACCCCCUGCUGGAGGAGCAGGUGAAGCCGCUCAGGGGCCGGCCCCUGCUCGUGAAGAAGGACACCAACUUCACCCACCUGGUGGCGGACCGGGUCCCGGGGCUCGAUGGAGCCUCCUACACAGUGCUGUUCAUUGGCACAGGAGACGGCUGGCUACUUAAGGCUGUGAGCCUGGGGUCCUGGGUCCACCUGAUCGAGGAGCUGCAGGUGUUUGACCAGGAGCCCGUGAAGAGCCUGGUCCUGUCCCGGAGCAAGAAGCUGCUGUUUGCCGGCUCGCGCUCCCAGUUGGUUCAGCUACCCGUGGCCGACUGCGCGAAGUACCGCUCCUGUGCCGACUGCAUCCUCGCCCGGGACCCCUACUGCGCCUGGAACGUCAACGCCAGCCGCUGUGUGGCCGCGGGCGGCCCCUCUGGGUCCCUGCUGGUCCAGCAAGUGAGGAUCUCGGACACCUCGGGCCUGUGUAACUUCCGCGGCAGUAAGAAAGUCCGGCUCACGCCCAAGAACAUCACGGUGGUGGCGGGCACCGACCUGGUGCUGCCCUGCCGCCUGACUUCCAACCUGGCCCACGCCCGGUGGACUUUCGGGGGCCGGGACCUGCCUGUGGAACAGCCGGGCUCCUUCCUCUACGACGCCCGCCUCCAGGCCCUGGUGGUGAUGGCGGCGCAGCCCCGCCACGCCGGCGCCUACCACUGCUUUUCCGAGGAGCAGGGCGCGCGGCUGGCCGCCGAAGGCUACCUGGUGGCCGUGGUGGCCGGCUCCGCGCUGACCCUGGAGGCGCGGGCGCCCCUGGAGAACCUGGGGCUGGUGUGGCUGGCCGUGGUGGCCCUGGGCGCCGUGUGCCUGGUGCUGCUGCUGCUGGUGCUGUCGCUGCGCCGCCGGCUGCGGGAGGAGCUGGAGAAAGGCACCAAGGCGGCGGAGAGGACCCUGGUGUACCCUCUGGAGCUCCCCAAGGAGCCCACCGGCCCCCCCUUCCGCCCCGGCCCCGACACUGACGAGAAGCUCUGGGACCCCGUUGGCUACUACUACUCGGACGGCUCCCUCAAGAUCGUGCCCGGACACGCCCGGUGCCAGCCCGGGACGGGGCCCCCCUCCCCACCCCCGGGCAUCCCCGGCCAGCCCCUGCCGUCCCCCACUCGGCUCCACCUGGGGGGUGGGCGGAACUCGAACGCCAACGGCUAUGUGCGCUUACAGCUGGGCGGGGAGGACCACGGCGAGGGGCUGGGGCACCCCUUGCCCGAGCUGGCGGACGAGAUGAGGCGCAAACUCCACCAGCGCCAGCCCCUACCGGACUCCAAUCCCGAGGAGUCCUCGGUAUGAGGGACCCCACCACGGCGUGGGGCGGCCUGGGAGCCCCGGCUCCUACUUUUGCACAGGCACCAGCUACCUCAGGGACAUGGCGUGGGCACCCGCUCGCCCAUGAGGACCUGCUCUGCUCAGCACGGGCACUGCCACUUGGUGUGGCUCACCAAGGCACCAGCCGCCCACACGGCGUCUUCCUCCUCUCUGUGAGGGGCUGUGAAUCAGGCACGCGGGACCCCAGCAGCCAAACCUUCAGACAGAAGUUGGAGAUAUGGGUGCGUUUGUGUAUGUGUGUGUGCACGUGGGUGUGUUUGCGUGACCGUCUUCUGUUUCUGUGGUGUCUUCCCUUGGCCUGGGGUCCUCCUGGUGAGUCAUUGGAGCUAUGAAGGGGGAGGGGUGGAUCACUUUGCUUCUCUUGCCCCCACUGUCCCCAGGAGGGGCAGGGGUGUACAUAUGGGGGUGGGCUGGGCAGGGUGCUGUGCCCCUGGGGGAGUGCAGGGCUCGGGUGGGCCUAGUCCUGCUUCUAGGGUGGUGAAUGUUUCCAGGGUUCGGGGAGGGAGUGGACCUCCUGUGUGUUUGGGGGAAGGGAGGGAGGGCCUCCCGUUGGCCCUGGGUUCGUGGUAUUUUAUACUUGUCCUCCCUCACAGGGCUGGGAGAGGAGGGGGAGAGGGUGGGCAUGCUGCGGAUAUGGCAUAGCCUCUCCCAGGCCUGGAGGAGGGCUCCUAACAGUGUAACUUAUUGUGUCCCCGCGUAUUUAUUUGUUGUAAAUAUUUGAGUAUUUUUAUAUUGACAAAUAAAAUGGAGAAAAUGAAA